AUGGUUGGCAAGAAGCCCAGCGUCUCCAGUGAUGGAGUAGAAAAAAAUGAUGCUGAAGCUCCAAAAAAGGUUUCGAUGGUUCAGUUGUUCCGUUAUGCAAAUAGAAUGGAGUUGUUUUUACUAUUCGUUGGUAUCGGUGUUUCAUUAGCUACAGGUGCAGGCUUACCGUUGAUGUCAAUCCUGCAGGGAUCAGUCUCGCAAGAUUUCAUAGAAGCUCAAUUUAACGAAACACAUGGCUUAGCAAUAACUGAUAAGUUCCAACACGAUGUAAUGAAUGUAGUAUAUGGCUAUAUUUACAUGACAGUCGGAGUAUUCCUAGCGGCAAAUAUCCAAGUCACAUGUUUUUUGAUUGUUUGUGAACAAAUGAGUAACCGAGUUCGUAGAAAGUUCGUCAGAGCAGUUCUCAGACAAGAUGUUGCGUGGUUCGAUAAGAACAAUUCUGGAACACUGGCUAUUCAAUUAUUCGAUAACCUGGAAAGAAUGAAGGAAGGAACAGGAGAUAAAAUAGGACUGAUGUUUCAAUAUUUCAGUCAGUUUAUCACAGGAUUCAUAGUGGCGUUCACUCAUAGCUGGAAGCUUACGCUGAUUAUGUUGGCUUUCACCCCUCUCCAAGCUUUCUGUGGUUUUUGUAUCGGAAAGGCUAUGACGACAUUCACUAUGAAAGAAACCAAAAAAUAUGCAAAUGCUGGAAGAAUUGCUGAACAGGCCAUAUCAUCUAUUCGUACAGUUGUUUCAUUGGGAGGUCUGGAGUACGAGCAAAAUCGAUACUCGCAAGCUGCAUUUGAAGCUAGAAAAGCUGGAAUUCUCAAAAACUUAUUCAUGGCUUGCUCGUUCGGAGCCAUGGGUUUUGUUAACUUCUGCUCUCUGGCGACCGCAUUUUACAUAGGUAUCAACUGGGUUCAUAGCGGCCAGAUGACUGUGAGCCAACUGAUGACUACAUUUUUCUCCGUUAUGAUGGGUUCAGUAGCGUUAGGCCAGGCUGGUCCGCAGUUCGCUGUUCUAGGAGCUGCUCAAGGAGCGGCGUCUUCUGUUUAUGAAGUUUUAGACAGAGAACCAGAAAUUGAUUCAAAAUCUCCAAGCGGUUAUGUUGGACAAGAAAUCCAUGGUGAUAUUCAGUUACAGAACAUUCGCUUCCAUUAUCCUUCUAGACCUGAUAUUGAGAUUUUAAAAGGUUUAACACUGAAUAUAAAAGCUGGAGAAACAGUAGCACUUGUGGGAUCAAGUGGUUGUGGAAAGAGUACAGUAAUUAGUUUGUUAUUACGGUAUUACAACUUUGAAUCAGGAUCGAUCAAAAUUGAUGGAAGAGAACUCAAUGAAUACAACAUUGAAUAUUUGAGAAAUCAAAUAGCUGUUGUUUCCCAAGAACCAAUAUUGUUCAAUUGUUCCAUUGAAGAAAAUAUAAGAUAUGGAAGAGAAGAUGUCACUGAUAUGGAAAUGGAAGAAGCUUGCCGUAAAGCCAAUGCCCAUAAAUUUAUUUCUAGCCUACCUCAUAGAUAUCAUACAUUAGUAGGAGACCGUGGAACUCAGUUGUCUGGAGGUCAAAAACAAAGAAUCGCCAUUGCAAGAGCUCUUGUUAGAAAUCCACGAGUACUACUUUUGGAUGAAGCUACAUCUGCUUUGGAUGCAGAGUCUGAGAAAAUAGUUCAAGAUGCACUUGAUGCUGCUUCACAAGGACGCACAACAAUCAUAAUUGCCCAUCGGUUAUCAACUAUCAAAAACUCUGAUAAAAUUAUAGCAAUAAAGAACGGAGAAGUGCAUGAAGUAGGAACACACUCUGAACUUAUUGAAAAGGGAGGCCUGUAUUAUGAUCUCGUGAAUGCUCAAACAUUCACUGACGCUGUUGAUGAUGUAGAUGGAAAGAAAGAAAUGAAAGAAGUAUAUCACCGAUCUACCAGUGUCAAAAGACCAUCAGUUCAAUACAAAUUCUCUGAUGAUGAUGAAUAUAGCAAGAGCUAUAGCCGCCAAGUAAGUGGAAAGAGGCCUUCCGUUCAAUUCAAAAGAGACUCAACUUAUGCUUCUGUGAUUUCCCGUAUUCGAUCGUCUACAAUUCAAACUGUGGAGAUGGCUUUAGACGAUUUCCCUGAAGAAACCCAAGAGAAAAGAGAUGAGUUGAGCAGACUUAAAAAAGAAAUGGCUGAAGAAAAUAUGCAAAAGACAAGUUUGUUCGUAAUGCUCAAAUAUUGCUCUCGCUCCUACGUUAGCUUGGGAGUAGGACUACUCGCUUGUUUGAUUGGAGGUCUUGUAUUUCCAACUUAUUCGGUAUUCUUCACUCAAGUCCUUGGUGUAUUCGCUCUGGAUCCUGAUCAAAUGUUAUCAAAAGGUCAUUUCUGGGCAGGAAUGUUUUUCGUGCUUGCUGUAAUCCAAGGUGGAAAUUGGUUUACACAGGUUUUCUUCAUGGGUGUCAGCAGUGAAAACAUGUCCUUUGAUCUAAGAACCUCGCUCUUCAAAAAUAUUUUGUCUCAAGACAUGGCUUAUUUCGAUAAUCCAGCGCAUGCCAGUGGAAAGAUCUGCACUCGUCUGGCAACGGAUGUUCCGAAUUUAAGAAAUGCAACUGAUUUCCGCCUCAGUACGGUAUUAGCUACUUUGGUUUCCAUUGUUUGUGGAGUUGGACUAGCCUUCUACUAUGGAUGGAAAAUGGCUCUACUGGUUGUCAGUCUUUUGCCAGUUUUAGGCUUCGGACAAUUUUUAAGAACCCGUCACAUGACUGGAAAACAUCGUACGAAUGCAACACAUUUUGAGGAUUCCGGAAAAGUUGCGAUGGAAGCCAUUGAGCAUGUUCGCACUGUUCAGGCUCUGACCCGUGAAGACUCAUUUUACCGGAAAUUCUGUAAAUUUUUGGAAGGACCACACAAAGAUGCCUUACAGCAAGCAGCAAUUCAAGGAUUAUCUUAUGGAGUUGCUUCCUGCGUUAUUUUCCUGAUGAAUUGUUGUGCUUACCGCCUAGGACUCUAUUUGGUUAUCAGUCAUCAAAUGAUGCCAAUGAGAGUUUUGAGAGUUAUGUACGCUAUAUCGAUUUCCGCUACAACUUUGGGAUUUGCAACGGCUUACAUCCCAGAAUAUAUGAAAGCUCGAUUGGCCGGAGGAAUUAUUUUUGGAAUGUUGGAAAAGAAAUCACAAAUUGAUAGUUUGACUCAUGAUGGAAAACGAGUGAAAAUAACUGGAGCCAUCACUUUUGAUAAUGUUCACUUCAAUUAUCCUCAACGCCCACAAAUUCCGAUUCUCCGGGGAUUAUCAUUCUCGGUUUAUCCUGGUCAAACAUUAGCUCUCGUUGGUCCAUCCGGAUGUGGUAAGAGUACUGUCGUUUCUUUGAUCGAGAGAUUCUAUGAUGUCAAAAAAGGACAAGUGCUUAUUGACGGAGAUGAUAUUCGAACUCUAAACCCUCUUGAUAUCAGAUCACAAUUGGCUAUCGUUUCUCAAGAACCCAUAUUAUUCGAUUGUUCUAUUUCUGAUAAUAUCAUAUAUGGAAUGAAAGAAGAAGUCACCAUGGAAAGAAUUGUAGAGGCUGCCCGUAAGGCUAAUAUCUACGAUUUCGUUAGUCAAUUACCUCAGGGAUUUGACACAAGAGUAGGUGAUAAAGGAACUCAGUUGUCUGGAGGACAAAAACAGAGAAUCGCCAUUGCUAGAGCUCUUGUUAGAAAUCCAAAAGUUUUACUUUUGGAUGAAGCUACAUCAGCUUUAGAUACAGAAAGUGAAAAAGUUGUACAAGAAGCAUUAGACAGAGCUCGUGAAGGAAGAACUUGCAUAGUUAUAGCUCAUCGUUUAAGUACCGUAGUAAAUGCAGAUUGUAUCGCUGUAGUGAAGGAUGGUCUCAUUGUAGAGAAAGGAACACAUAAUGAGCUGAUCGCACGUCAAGGUGUUUAUUAUGAGUUAACGCAGAAGCAGAAUGUUUCGAAAAAGUAA